UGUUUCCCGUUUAAAACAACAAACUUCUAGUAGCUGUGGCGGUUGUUAAAAAUAAAAUGACACGCUUUUUUAAAAACAGUUAUUUGUUUCAUUAGAUAAAGUAACCAUUCCAAAAAAAAAACCUUCCUGUGAGUCUGAAGGCGAGGUCGAUAUUGUGACUGACAGGAGUGCACUUCCUGCUAGCUGGCUAUAGAUUAGCCGCAUACAUGGCUAGGCACGUGACACCCAGACCCAAGGUGGUGUCCUCGGGCAGGUUGACGGGAUCUGGCCGAGGACAGACGACCAGGAAAAAGGUUCCUGGAAGACCUCUACAUCCUGACCCUUCAUAUUCCGUUUACUCCACAGAUUCAGAAGAUCAGGUCACAACCAUAAACAAAGGCCUGGAUCGAUGUGCGGCGUUGCUCAGCGAUAUACUUCAAGCAGAAAAAACAGACCCCAAGACGAAGUUGAAAAUCUCAAAGGCGGCUCCUUCCAAAAAGAAAACGUCACUUGGUAAGAAUGAAGCAGAGCGAAAGAGGGUUGGGAAGACAGCAAGUGCAGUCACACGGAUAAACAAGAGACCAGCUGUGGUACAGAAGACCAUUUUGCCCGCGCAGACUUGCGCAGGAUUAAGAGGCCAGUCAUGUGUGCAGCAGCCCCCUGCUGUUGAUGUUAUCAUCGGAUCAGAAGUGAAGCCGGGAGGGACCUCGGUGACGCAAGUGGAGUGUGUUCAACCACACAGUUUUCCUCAAGGCAGCAGUCUUCCAUCCACAGGACCGCAGUCCUCUACUGUGUUUAACUGCCGUCUGACUACCUCGACCCCAGCACUCAGUCCUCACAGACCCACGUCAGCUCACAGUCAAGCGCCUCACAGAGGAGCAGAUGGAGAGACGCAUCACUUCACUCAACAGUGGGCUGGAGCCUCUGCGGUACCAUUGACUCAACACAGAGCUUUAAGUGCGACAGUUUCACCCACCCAGUACACAGCAUCUUUUUCUGUAGCUCCAGCUGUCCAGCUGCAGCCUGCAGUCUCCACAGUGUCAGCUGAACAGUGUAAACCCUCCAGUCCUGUUAUAAAUGCACCUCAUGCAGGCUCAGGUGGACAGAGAAGCGCCCUUCAGGCACAUAGCGGACCUCAGAGCUUCCCUUCUCCUCCAGCGUCAGCACAGAUCCCUGCACCGGUCGCCCUCCCCAGCCACAUCCUGGUGUGUGACGGUUCACAGGAUCAACAGCUUUCGUCUGGAGAGUGUGUGUCGUCUUCAUCAGAGGAGAGUGGAGACUGCAUGAGUGAAGAGGAUGAGCUGGACAGAGUGGACACCCUGCCGGUCAGAGACACAAACUGUCACACCAGCAUAGACAAGCAUGCUGUGAAACACAAGAGCAAGUCAGGGAGCCCUGAAAAGACGGCCAGGAAGGUGAUUACUGUCAAAUACCUGUUAGGAGAGCUGAAGGCGCUGGUAUCCAAUCAAGACAGUGAGGCGGUUCGUCUGAUCUCUGAGGUAGAGCAAAGCAUCUCCCUGCUCCCCGCCAUGGUGGGCAGCACCAACGUUCAGGCCGAGCUUGCCCUCGCAUUGCAGCCGCUCAGAAGUGAGAACGUGCAGCUACGCAGGCGUCUGAGAAUACUGAAUCAGCAGUUAGAGGAACGGGAGAGAGCAGAAAGACAGGCCAGACCGGUAGACUGCAAUCUAGAAUUGGUCUCGCUGCAGUCGCUAAACCUCACACUUCAGACUCAGUUAAACGAUUGCCAUAGAGAGCUGGAGAACCUUCGGCAGGAGAACCAGAAACUACGGCAGGCUGUGGAGGACCGAGAGAACGACCUGCAACAGACCAAAGAGCAGUGCGAGUUAGAGACAAAUCGUAUACGCAUGGAUGUGAGUGAGGCAUUAGCUGAAAUGCGAAACUGCCAGGUGAAGCUGGAAAACACUGAGAGGGAGAAAACUGCGUUAACACACAGCCUCCAGCAGAAGGAGGCAGAGAUCACAACACUACAGGAGAUCAUCAGAAAUCUUCAGAAAAGCCUCAGCCCCUGCCACCCUGCUCAGGCAGAUGUUUCCAGACCUCCUGCAUCUCAGCUCACUAAAAGGGUUUUAGAUCAGUAUGAGAAUCAGCAGCAAGAGUCUUCCAUGUCCAACCGAGUCACAGACUCCAUUAACGCCUACCUUCAGACCCUGGAGGACUCAGGACACAGCUUGCUACCACGCCCAGUUCACACUCAACCCCUUGGCCAGUGGAAAUGUAGACAAGAGAGCUCCCCUAAAAGCUCAGAUGUACACACAUCACUGAAGAACACGACAGUUGGGAGUGCGAGUCAGGAAGUAGAGCAGUGUGAAACAGCUUUUGUUCCUCUACGAGAGACAGCAAGGGUGCAGCCUGCACCAGUUCCCCAGAAACAUUCUCCAGUUCAAGGAAAUGGUCACGUCGGACUGAAGUACCUCGGGCUUGCUUUUAAUAAACUUGGCAUCUCGAAUGGCCUCCCAGCUCUGGAUGAUGCUCAUUGUACAGAUUACGUCAUAUGUCCUGAUGGUGUAAGAUCACAGCUGAAACAGCCCAGUGAAGGUGCCUCUAAGCCUGCAGAUCAAUCCCAAUCCCAACAUGCACGGCGGCGUCUGCAAAUGGGUGGUGAAGCGUCAGUAUAUGAAAACUCCUUUUCAUCCUGUGAUGUAAAAUCCUUAGUUUCAGACUGGAGCGUGAACUCCUGGUCUACGUUUAAUACACGCGACGAGCAAGAGUUCCGCAACGGCUUAGCAGCUUUAGAUGCCAGUAUUGCCAGUCUGCAGAGGACUCUGAGAGCUGACUUUAAGAGAUGAUUUGCUGUCUUAAAACGUUGACGAUGUUUUAUGCUGAUCUAUUUUAAAUGUUUUAAUCAUGUUAUUAAAUUGUCAUUAAAGUAAAAAGUGUGUCUGA